AUGGCGCCUCUUCCGUCGCCGUUCCUCGACCCAGGCACGCAUGCGCGCGCAGACACGCUCGGGAUCCUCCAGCUGCGGCGCGACCAGCUCAUCCCAGCCAUCCUCGCGCCCGACGGCGACUCGGACUACGCCGAGGGCAAGGUCGAGAACACGCGCUUCGGCUCCUUCCCCCACAGCACCCUCGUCGACCAGCCGUGGGGCACGCAGAUCCUCGCCUCGGUCGUCGACACGGGCUCGCGCGGGCGGUCCAAGAAGCGCAAGCGCGAUGCGAAGGACGAGGGCGCCGACACGGGCACCGCCGAUGCCACGGAGAAGAGGGACGUGGUCAAGGCCGCGGCGGCCAGCAGCGGCUUCGCCCAUCUGAUCCCGCCCACGCCCGAGUUCUGGACCCUGUCGCUGCCACACCGCACCCAGGUCGUCUACACGCCCGACUACAGCUACGUCCUGCAGAGGCUGCGCGUGCGGCCCGGCGACCACAUGAUCGAGGCCGGCGCGGGCAGUGGCAGCUUCACCCACGCCGCGGUGCGCGCAGUCUUCAACGCCUAUCCCGCAGCCCCGCCUGCGCACGAGGGCAGCGACGACGAAGACGCAGUCGGCGUGGCCAAGCGCCGUCGACGCCCCAAGCGGCACGGCGGCGUGUACAGCUUCGAGUACCACGCACCGCGCGCCCAGCAGCUGCGCGUCGAGAUCGAGCAACACGGCCUCGCCCCCCUGGUCACCGUCACGCACCGCGACGUCUACGCUGACGGCUUCUGCCUGGACGACGGCCCGGGUCCCGAUGCAGACGCCAUCUUCCUCGACCUCCCCGCGCCCUGGCAGGCACUCAAGCACCUGACCCGCUCUCCAUCCCCGCUAACAUCCCCAUCCGACCCGUCCUCCCCCAUUGUCUCGCCUUUUCGCUCGCCCCUCAACCCCAAGACGCCCGCCCGGAUAUGCACCUUCAGCCCGUGCAUCGAGCAGGUCACAAAGACCGUUUCCGCGCUGCGCUCCUACGGCUGGGUCGACAUCGACAUGGUAGAAGUCCAACACAAGCGCCUCGAAGUGCGCCGCGAGCGCGUUGGCCUGGCUGAAGAAGGCUUGCGCGGAGGCAACGCAACCGCGGCGACGGUGCAAGAGGCUGUGCAGCGGUUGAGGGACGUCGAGGGCAGAGCCCAGGUCUUCCACAGUCUGCAGAAGGAGAAGCAGGACGAGAUUAUGCGGAAAGCCGAGGGGAGGAAAAGGGGUGAAAACAUCAGUGGCUAUGAUGAAGCUCUUCACCAAGACAAGAGCAAGAAAAAGACCGCCGCAGACCGUCUACCGCCCUCCAAGCACGAUCGUCUUGCACAGUCGAAAAGGGACCAAGAAAACAGGACCUUGUUCAAAGAGGGAAGACUGGUUCAUCGUACCGAGCCUGAGCUUAAAACCCACACGUCGUAUCUCGUCUUUGCGGUGCUGCCAAGGGAGUGGACAAAGGAGCACGAGGAGAAGGCGAGGAAAACGUGGACAUGA